AUGGAAGCAAGCAUGGCGAAGGUGGCACUAGAUUCCGAUAAUCGGGAAAUCAAAGUGAACUGUUCGACGACCAUGGUUGUCGAACAAUCAGGCACAGGCAGUGGCAGCUUCAAAAGCAUCCAGGCAGCAGUUGAUUCUAUCCCUCAAAACAAUCUGAAUUGGACCUGCAUACUCAUCAACGCAGGAAUAUACAGGGAAAAAGUGUACAUUCCUUAUAGAAAGUCGUUCAUAUACAUGGCCGGAGAGGGGAUGAGAAGAACUUACGUUGUAGCGGACGGACAGGGGCCGAUGAAUGAAACUGCCACUUUAAUUACACAAGGAGACAACAUUAUUUUUAAGGGCAUAAGCUUCAGUAAUUCUUACAACAAUCCGCGGAUUGGACCGCAAAAUCCGAUGAAACCGGCACUAGCAGCAAAGGUCGAAGGAGACAAAACGGCGUUUUAUGAAUGUGGAUUCUAUGGAUUGCAAGAUACGCUGUGGGAUGUGUCAGGAAGGCAUUACUUCAAACACUGCACUAUUGAAGGAGCUGUAGAUUUCAUCUUUGGCUCGGGUCAAUCCAUUUAUGAGAAAUGUGUGAUAUCAGUUUUAGGUCAAGAACUAGGAGCAGAAGGCAUAGGAUACAUCACCGCACAAGGAAGAGACAAUCCAAAUGAAACAAAUGGAUUUGUAUUCAAAUAUUGCUAUAUAAAUGGAAGAGGUAAAGCAUAUCUGGGAAGACCAUGGAGAAAAUAUGCGAGAGUUAUAUUCUACAAGUCAUUCAUGUCGGACGUCGUUGUUCCUCAAGGAUGGGAUCCUUAUUUCAACUCCGGCGGCCAAGAGUAA